ACCCUUUUCUUCCCCCAACUCACAUCUUGGAAAACCAACCAACCACAACAUCACAAGCGACUCAGCUCAGAAAUCAAGCAACCGGGAACCUUCCCUUCAGUAAAACAAACAAACAUACGAAAUCAUGACUCGUGGAAACCAGCGUGAGAGGGAUCGCGCAAAGGCCCAGAAGGCUGCGGCGAGUCAGAAAAGCAAGACAACCAAAUCUAAAGCCGAGAUGCAAAGAGACAAAGACAUGGUCGCCCAACUAAUGCGCGAAAAGCAAAAGCAAGCGGAGGAGAAGAAGAAAGCUGAGGCGUCAGGAGCGGGGAGCAGUAGCGGUAGCGGUAGUGGUGGUAGUGGUGGUGGUGGUGGUGGGGGCAGUUCGAAAAAGUAGGAACGAUCUCACGUUAGGUUGGGUUGUAUUACCGGUACCGGUAUACUCGAAGGGAGAGGGGAAGUGGGAGCGGGACGAACGCUUUUUUCUCUCUUCUCAUCUUUCCUUUUGCGGCAUUGCGAACCCACGUUGCGCUGCGUUGCGGAUGGGGGAACUGCUUUUGCAGGCGUGGAAUUGUAUUUUGAGGACGAUCAUAUCUACUCGCUUUCGUUUCUUUUUACUCAGUGAUUCACAUCCUUUUGCUCGUUCCCCCCCCGAUAAGGCAAUUAGUGUUCUAUGGGGAGGGUAAUUCACCUUAGCUUUUGAUUGAG